UCACAUUAACACACGCUCCUCUCUCUCUCUCUCUGUGUUCUCCACUUCCCUUAAAUUCACGCUCCCCCCUGUAACCCUUCUCCCACACACACUCUCUUGUUUCUCUCUCUUCGGUCAAAAACAUGAAUUUGGAUACGCAACCCGGAACGCCGUCGUAUUGGUGCUACAGCUGCACCCGUUUCGUGCACCUCUCUGUCCAAGCCACCAUCGCCUGCCCCCACUGUCAAAGCGGUUUCGUCGAAGAGAUCCGCGCCGGCGCCGAAGCCUCGCCACGCCACCGUCUAAGUCCUUUCCCUGACGAUCCCCUUUCUUUCCGGCGACAGGGCUUCCGCCGCCGUAGGAGAGAAGGUGCCGGCAACCGCUCCCCGUUCAACCCCGUCAUCGUCCUCCGCGGCCCCGGCGACGACUCCGCCGCCGCCGAUCACGACGGUGCCAGCACGUUCGAGCUCUUCUACGACGACGGCGAUGGCACCGGCCUCCGCCCCCUCCCUCCCACCAUGUCGGAGUUCCUCCUCGGCUCCGGCUUCGACCGGUUACUGGAACAGUUUGCGCAGAUGGAGAUGAACGGCUUCGGCCGGCCGGAGAAUCCGCCGACGUCCAAGGCGGCGAUCGAGUCCAUGCCGACGGUCGAGAUCGGCGAAACUCACGUCGAAACCGACGCGCACUGCGCCGUGUGCAAAGAAGUGUUUGAGCUCCACGCGGAGGCGCGUGAGUUGCCGUGCAAGCACAUCUACCACUCCGAGUGCAUCCUCCCGUGGCUCUCGAUGCGGAACUCGUGCCCGGUGUGCCGCCACGAGCUUCCUUCCGAUUUGGAAACUAGAGUUCCGAGCCAGAUCGACGAGGAAGCGAUAGGAUUAACGAUUUGGAGGCUUCCAGGAGGCGGAUUCGCCGUAGGGCGAUUCUCCGGCGGCCGGAGAACCGGGGAGAGUCAUUUGCCGGUGGUGUACACGGAGAUGGACGGUGGACUUAACACAAAUGGUGGUGCUCCUAGGAGAAUUUCUCGUUCUGUUAGAAGCAAUAGGGUUAGGGAAAGUCGAGGGUUUGGUAGAGUUUUUCGCAAUUUCUUUUCAUUCUUUGGAAGAAUUGGUUCUAGAAACUCUUCUUCUUCUUCUGAACAUGGGUCUGUGAGUAGAAGCCGUAGUCACGUGAGUUCAAUGUUCAAUAGAAGCUCGCGGAGACAUAGCAGGACUUGGGUUAUGGAUGAUUGAUUAAUUGGUGAAUGGUGAUGGCAAUUUUGCAAAGAAUAGUAGUACUUUUUUUUUUUUUUUUUAACUUUGGGUUAUGAGAUUCAUUUCACACUGUAAAUAGCAUGUAACUAGCAACUAUAUUGAAACAAGUUCAGUUUUCCCUUUGGGAAUCUUUUAUGGUUUGAUUCAACAUCAAUGGAACGAAGAGUGCUAUUUUUUUAGCUUUGUGGAUCAAACACUGUGCGUUGGCACCUGCAAUUGUAACAGUGGACCGGGCAUGCAUUGGGAAACAAGAAUGAUGCUUUGUUCCCCGUGAACUGAAUUAUUUGAUUUGUUUA